AUGGUCUACGUCCGCCAACAUAACCUCGCCGCCCUGCGUGCGUACCGUUACGCGGGCGUCGACAAGUCGCUGGUGUCUCGCUACACCAAAUGCUGUAAGUCGGACCCUCUAAAUUUUUGCGCCAUCACGCUAACGGGCUUCUGUUUCGUUGUUAUCAACUUCCUGACUCUGCUAUGGUAUAACCCUACCCUGGACCAGGAUUGCCCGCCGUGGGUCUAUCUGAGUUGGGCGCUGGGGCUGUUUCUGUAUCAAACUUUUGAUGCAGUCGACGGGGCUCAAGCACGAAGAACCAGACAGAGUGGGCCUCUUGGUGAACUUUUCGAUCAUGGAGUUGAUGCGUGCAAUACCGCUCUGGAAGUCCUCAUCUUUGCCGGCGCCACAAACCUGGGACAGUCAUGGCUAACCGUAUUGACACUGUUUGCCUCCGCCCUAACCUUCUACGUCCAGACCUGGGACGAAUACUACACCCAAACGCUGACCCUAGGCAUAAUCUCCGGCCCCGUCGAGGGUAUCCUAACCUUAUGCGCGGUCUACGCAACAACGGCCAUAAAAGGCGGCGCGAGCUUCUGGCACAAGCCCAUGCUGGCCACUCUAGGCGUCCCCACCUCCGUCUCCCGCUUCCUCCCCGCCUCUCUCUGCAACCUCCCCUUUACCUCCUGGUACAUCAUCUACGGCGCCUUCGUCCUGCUCUUCAGCACCCUCUCCAGCAUCCUGAACGUCAUGCAUGUCCGCCGCCAGCGGAAUCUGGACAUCUACAGACCCCUCCUGGGCCUGUUGCCGGCUGCGGCGAUGUGGGUGCUGGUGUUUGUGUACUUGCAUCUACGCCCCUUGGUGCGCGAGAGACAUCUCGUCCCCUUUGUGAUGUAUGUGGGCCUCAUCAAUGCAUAUUCCGUCGGGCAGAUGAUUAUUGCGCAUUUGGUGAAGAAGGAAUUUCCGUACCGGAACGUCUUGCUGCUGCCGUUGCUAGUGGGGGUUGUGGAUGGGGUUUGUGGGUCGCGGGCGUAUUUGGGGUUGUGGGGGGGGGGUUUGCUGUUUGGGGGUGGGAAUGGUGGGGAAGUGUAUCAGGUUGCGCUUGUGUUUUGCUCGUUGGGGUUGGCCGUGGGGGUUUAUGGGAGUUUUGUGUUCGACGUCAUCACCACCAUCUGCGAUUACCUGGACAUCUGGUGCCUGUCCAUCAAAUACCCUUUUGUCGAGAGCACGGCAGCUGAACCAGCAAAAGCCAUCGAGGCGAAAGGUCGUCGAUACUACCAGUAA